CUAAUAAUAAACAAAUUCACAAAAAAAACUCUUGGGCGAAGCCUCGUCUGUUUGUUAUUAUGAUAGUUACACAUGGUCCUAUGCACGCAGGGGGCAUAACUCUCUUUUUUCAAAGCGGAUCCUCUAAACAUUAUCUACACUGGAUAAAUUGGAGAAACUGAUAUAAAGCACGAUAUACAUCAUGAGAUUUAAAAAAAAUAUUUAAAGAUAAAAAAAACAUUAUCUACCUGUAGAAACAAAACCCGGUAGUAACUGCGAGUCUACAAAGUAAAUAUGGCGUCCACAUACAAACUGCGGUGUAAUAUCGUUGGCCAUCAGAAAGAUGUCCGCGCUGUUGCCUCGACAAUCUUCCCAGAAGGAGGAAUUGUGUCUGGGUCAAGGGAUGUCACAUCUAGAAUCUGGGUUCCGAAUGAACACAAUCCCAGUUUUACAGAAGGACAUGUGAUGAGUGGCCAUAGCAACUUCGUGGCCAGUGUGUGUGUGGUCCCCCCUGAUGACUCGUACCCUAAUGGUCUAAUCAUCACCGGCAGCAACGACAACACCAUCCUGGCUUUCACUCUGGAGUCCCCACAACCAGUCUUCAAGCUUACUGGCCACACUGGCACUGUGUGUGCUGUUGCCUCAGGAAAGUUUGGCUUCCUUCUCAGUGGCUCCUGGGACAAGACUGCCAAAGUCUGGCUCAAACAGAAAUGUGUGAUGACUCUAGAAGGUCACGAGGCAGCCGUGUGGGCAGUGGCGGUCAUCUCGGAACAUGGAAUGAUGCUGACUGGCUCUGCAGACAAGUCCAUCAAACUCUGGAAGGCUGGGAAAUGUGAAAAAACUUUCCAUGGCCAUGAAGACUGUGUUCGAGGUUUAGCGGUCAUGAACGGUGGUGAGUUUCUGUCCUGCUCUAACGAUGCAACGGUCAAACGUUGGCUGCUGACCGGCGACUGUGUCGCCACCUACUACGGCCAUGCCAACUAUGUAUAUAGCGUCGCUCUGCUGCCCAACGGCCAGGACUUUGUGACCAGUAGUGAGGACCGCACAGUGAAGGUGUGGCGCGGACCAGAGAGUGCCCAGACCAUUCCCCACCCCACACAGUCAGUCUGGUCAGUGUGCACGCUACCCAAUGGCGACAUAGUCACAGGAGCCAGUGAUGGAAUCAUACGAGUGUUCACAUCGGCGCCUGAGCGGAUGGCAUCGGCUGAUGAACUGCAAGCUUAUGAGGAGCAGGUAUCUGCAUCCACAGUUCCGGCACAGGUGGGAGACAUCAAGACAGAAGACAUACCUGGUCCUGAGGUGCUAAUUAAUCCAGGUCGCAAGGACGGGCAGCAGAAGAUGGUGCGACAGGGGGACAAGAUCGAGCUGUACCAGUGGGAUGCAGCUAAGACCAGCUGGACUAAGAUUGGGGAUGUUGUUGGCUCCAGUGGAGGGUCACAACAGACUUCGGGCAAGACGCUUUAUGAAGGCAAGGAAUACGACUAUGUGUUCAGCGUGGACAUUCAGGAAGGAAUGCCGCCUCUCAAACUUCCGUACAAUGUCAGUGAAGACCCAUGGUUUGCCGCACAGAGGUUCCUUGAUAAACACGAGCUCAGUCAAAUGUUCCUUGACCAGGUGGCUAAGUUCAUCACAGACAACACCAAAGGAGUAACCCUGGGUACAGAACAGCCAGCCUACUCUGACCCUUUCACCGGUGAAGGACGAUAUGUCCCAGGGUCCACUGCUGCACCAGGAGCCGGAGCAGGAGUUGGAGACACACAUGGAGCUGACCCCUUCACUGGCUCUGGCAGUUACAAACCAGCUGGCAGCAGCAGCAGCAGCAGCAGCACCUCCACCUCCAGCAACUCCUUCUUCCCCCUCACCUCCUUCCUCACCUUCGACCAGGCCAACCCCACACAGAUUAUAGGCAAGAUAAAGGAGUUAAAUGGGACAGUGAGUGACAGCCUGAAGGUGCCGGACUCCAGAAUAGAUGACCUGUCAUCACUCAUCUCGGGUCAGUCAGCCUCACAACAACAGUUGCAGACAGUGCAGAGUCUGCUGGCCUGGCCGUCAAAUGUGGUGUUCCCAGCCCUGGAUGUGGUGAGGAUUUGUGUGAAGCAUCCCCUGGUCAACCAAGCCUUCAGCAACCAAGCCACGAUACAACAGCUGAUUUCCUUCAUCACCCCAGACAACCCACCAGCCUGUCAGAUGCUGGCCCUGCGAUCCCUAACUAACCUGUUCUCCCAAUCCCAGGGUAGAAAGGCUGUAUGUGAGAACAGAGACACUGUCUUAGGCUCUGCACUCAGCUGCAGGAAAACUAACAAGAAUGUACAGAUAGCCAUUGGCACUGUCAUUCUGAACUAUGCAAUUGCUCUACGUGGAACAGAGGAUAUCGAAGGUAAAUCACAAUGCCUUUCCGCUGCUCGAAAUGUCCUCGAAGCCUCACCAGACCAUGAAGCCAGUUUUAGAGUCCUUGUUAGCAUCGGUACUAUCUUGUCUGGGGAUGAGGAAGCAUUCGCACUAGCUCAGUCUCUAGGCCUACAGGAUCCUAUAGUCAAACUAGGGAGAGUGACAGAGCCGAAGAAGGUACCGGAGUGUGCUCAACUGGUUCUUAACAUUUUGAGAGUUUGAAUGCAUGUAUUUGAUAUUGAAUGGAUGUGAUAUUUGUAAAGGGAAAAGUAUUGCCUUAGGCAUGUAAUGUGUGAGCAAAAAGGCACAAUGCAAGAUAACUGCAUCUUCCCGAGGCAAGUAUGUCCACUAGCCUAUAUCAAAGCCUAGUUUCUACCCUUGCCACAUCAAGGCCACUUUGCUUGGCUCCACCCUGGCGCCACCUUGCAUAGAUCACGAGCUGUGCCCCUUGUAAUGAAAACGAGAUAUCCAAUCAGAUCGCUGUUCUUAUCUCGUAUAGCUUCACAAAAGAUUGGCGACCAAGUCAAUCAGACAACGAAAACAUUCGCAAUUUCAUACCUGACACAAAAACAUUCACAAUUUCACAAAAAUCUCUGCAAUCGUUGGGGUCUGGGGGGGUUGUUAAAAGAUGAAAAAGACAUAUUCCAGCAGUAAAUCACUUUCAUACGAAGGUGUACCAGUCUGAUUGGACUAUCGAUAUGUGUGAUAGUCCAGUCAUAUUUAGCACAGGAAAGUGGGCUUGAUGUUGCAAGGGUGGAAACAAGACUGAUAAAAAAGUCUAGUGGAAGCUCUUGCCUCGGGAAGAUGAGAUAACUGAAACUCUACUUGCACUGUUCAAAUAUGCUAAAGAAUUGACAAUAUUUGCUGCUUUUAUGGAGGCAUAAAGAACCGGUGUGCACUGUGUUAACCAGCAAAUUGCAUUUAUGCAAAGAGCGCACACAGGAUAUUAGGUUGUACCAUGAUAAACACAAACAAACAACACUGAAGUCAAUUCUUAUGAUAAAAUAACUUCACAGACUGCCUAUUG